GUUUUACUCCAGGUGAACUGUCGCUGAGGACACGUGAACACGGAAUCCGUCCACCAGGCACUCUUCGCCCCUACCAUUGAAUGAUGCUGGCAACUGCUCCAUUCACAAACCCAUGACUUUCAAGUCCCUAAACACUCCCUUCAGUGCUUACUUUGCGCCGCCUGGACUUAUAUGUCUGCUCAAUGCAUUCCCUCCUGACGCCAUAACAAUCAUCCCCUAUCCGCGACCAUCAUAAUGACGCCCUACAACACCCUUCUAGCAAUCACAGUCCAGAGCACCUUUCUCAAUGCAAUUUCCAAUAUACUGGCUCAGAUUAUAGACCAGUGGAAGAAAGAUAAACCGUUCAGUCUGAACGUUCCCGCGUUCCUUCAGUUCAUCACCUACGGUAUUAUCAUUGUCCCCAUCAACCACUGGUGGCAGCGUUGGUUGGAGGUGACAUUUCCGGGAUUCUUAUUCCAGGCAACGACGGAUGCAGGCUCAUCGUCAUCAUCAUCUUCUAACCCGGGUGCACUGCCACUAUCCACCAUUCCCAAUGAAAAAGGAGGACGGGAAGUUGUUGAGAUCAAAGACAAGUUCAUUCCACGGAGAGUGACAGCAAUACCACCAACUGGAAAGCGCAGACGCCUUUACAAUUUCGCCAUGAAGUUCCUGCUAGACCAGACGGCCGGCGGGAUUUUGAACAUCGUUUUGUUUGUUGGGCUGAUUAACCUGCUUAAAGGCGCGAGUUUGGAGAGAACUUGGGAGUUAGUUCUUGAGGAUUUCAAGCCGAUCAUGAUUGCCCGGCUGAAGUACCGACCUGUUGUAUCGACACUGUUGUACACGAUUAUCCCUCUGGACCGACGGGUCGUAUUUGGGAGUUUCACCGGAGUGCUUUGGGGGUGUUAUCUGAGUCUGUAUGCAGCUGUUUAGACGCAUUGCAAGGUCGUGGAGUUGUUCUGGGCUUGGUGUUGCGUUGCAGCGUACCCUAAAUUCCAGCCAUGGCCAUGUCAUCAAGUUAUAGAUUAGCAGAUUUCAUUUGUGUUAUGUAUUUGGCUGGUUUCGGGCUUUGUUAGCUUAUACGGGGUCUUCCUUGUUAGAUAAUAAUCAUUAAUUUUGUCGGACGCCAACUCGGCUGGCCACUUACUUCUUGAGAAUACAAUCCAUACAAUCCCGCGUGGGAGGCGC